AUCUGGGGUGUCUCAGGCAUGUGUUAGAUUGUUGGCACCCCCAUGGCUGCCUAUCACUGCUGUGUCCCUUUCUGCAACAGUGAUGCCAGGUACAAUGCAGACAAGAAGAUCUCCUUCCAUAGAAUCCCAGCUUUCCAUGUGGAGCCGCAGAGACACCAGACCUGGCUGACCUGUAUCCGGCGAGAACCGGGACCCAACUUUAAGGUGUCCAGCUGCACCAGGGUGUGCUCCAAACAUUUCCUUCCAUCGGAUUUUGUGAAGACCUUAACGGGUAAAAGGAAUCUGAAGCCCUAUUGCGUGCCAUGCAUAUUCCAGUGGACGACCAAUGAGCAAACAGAGCAGCAGAUGUCCUCUCCCAAGAAGAACUCUGGCUCUGCAAAAAACACCCUUCAGCCUAUUUUGCCGUCACAACCCACCGUGCAGAACAGCAAGCCACCCCAGCCAGCGGAAAUGACCACGUCCAUUCUGGACCAUUGUUAUGACCUGCCCCCGAUGACCGACAAGGAAAUGCUGAAAGCGGCCCGUGAAGAGAUAGCAAGGUUGCAGCAGCGUAAUGCGGCGUUGGAGAAUAACAUGUUCUUCCUGGAGCGGUUUUCCACAGACCCGAACCUUAUUACCUUUUACACCGGCUUCAAAGAUUAUUCCACCUUAAAAGUUGUAUUUGUGACCCUGACUGAAACGGAGGGUAGCUCGGAGAAAUGGAAGCAAUGCCAACAGGAAGGAAAUGCAAGUUUGAAAAAGCAGUCGCUAUCCGAAUAUGAAACCAUGCCACAGAUUGACCAGUUCUUCUUGUUUUUAUGUAAAGUUCGGCAAGGAUUCCAUGAUAAAGAUUUGGCCAUUCGCUUUAACAUUUCAGAAACCAGGGUUACCAGGAUUGUCAUCACAUGGGCUCACUAUUUAUACGUUGUACUCGGAGAGAUACCGCUUUGGCGCAGCCGAGAAACCGAUUGCCAAGAUGUGCCCGAGUGCUUCAAAGCUUCCUAUCCUCGUGCCCGGGUGACUUUGCAUUGUGCUGAAAUUAAAGUGCAGGCAAGUAGUACGGACAAUGCAAGUUCCCAGAUUUACUACAGCCAUGCUUCUUAUAGGGGCUUGCUUGGCAUAGCACCCCAUGGAGCUGUGAUAUUUAUAAGUCCCUUGUAUUCAGGCUGCGCAUCAACAAGAGACAUCACAAAGUCAUCUGGGAUCUUGGAUUUGUUGGAACCUGGUGACAGGGUCAUCACCGAUAAAGAUUUUGCUAUACAGGACCUGGUGGAAUCUGUUGGAGCAUAUGUGGUCGUCCCUCCAAUUAUAACUGCCGCCCUGCCUCACGAGUGCCAUGAAGCUACAGUCAUGCUAAGUCAACCUUCACCAGAUCAAAAUACCAUGUACAUCUUGGCCUCAUCUACAGAGCAAGGCCAAGAAACUUUAGUCGUGACAACCUCCACGGGUGUAGAGGAUGCCGUUGUGGAAUUGGACCACUCCAUGGGCGAGGAAGAGAUGGUAGAGGUGAUGACAGAAGAAAAAGUCGUGGAAGAAGUGGUGAUGACGUCUGAACAUCUGGUUGAGAUUUCUGAUGAUCACGUGUAUGACAAAAUGGAGAUGAAGGAGGCCCCAAACACACCCAGGAACAAUGCUGUGAAAGAAAACCAUGACAUUCAAGAACAAGUGGUCACUUCUACCCCAGGACAGAGCGCUGAAGAAGCCACCGAUAUAAAUUCCCUUGCUCGCUUAAGAAUUUGCAUCAAUCAAGAUAUUGACAGAGUCCGUCAAUAUUGUCUUUUUGAUAAUGUUUUGCCGUUUGCCUUAGCAGGCAUCUCUAAUCAGCUCUGGGCGGUGUGUGCUAUGCUGACCAACAUUAAUGGGUCUUUGAGCUAA